AUGCAAAAAUUUCCUCCAUAUACAUCAAUUACUGUCAGCGUAAAAUUUACAAAAACUUUAUAUGCUCAAAUUGUAAGUCAACGAUUUAACGCUCCACAACCUUUUAUAAUGCCAAUGAGUACUUCUAAAAAGUAUCCUGCCGCUGAGCUAGGAAUGAAAUUGGCAUGCGGAUUUGAAAUUCUUUGUACCGAUAAAUAUUAUACGAAUUUAUCAUCUAAACCUAAUAAAUUGAAUAUUGAGGCCUAUCCAUUUGAUUCUGAUCCUUCAUGGAAAACAUUUCACUCUAAUUUGUUAGAGCAGAAUUAUUAUCAUGAUGAAUUACCAGAUUCUAUUUUAUACAAACAGCUGGAUAAAAUUGCCAAAGAGCAAUUUUUAAAAUAUCAAAGUCAGGUCGAUUUGGUAGAUGAUUCAGAAAAUUCAUCUCCAUUAGAACAAAUAGAUGAAAUAUUGAACUUGUCUAUUGUUCCUGAUGAAGUGUUGAUGUCAAAUACUAAGCAAGAUGAUGAUUCUUGGCUCAAUGUUGAUCCAAAACAAUUAGAUGAGUUGCUUAAUGCAACUAAUAAAGGCUUCGAAGAGAUUCAAAGCGAAUCCGAUGAUGAACUAAAUCCUAUUGAUUUGACCAACAUGAUUGAUACGUUUGAAAAGUUUCUUGAUUUUGAAGGUGCAAGUAUUGAAGGUGCAGAGUUUCUGGGAAUAAUGAGACAAACUUUGGGCAUUUCUGAGCAAGAAUAUAGGGAAUUAGCAAAUGAAAAGAUAAGGCAGAAAUCUGAUAAGUUUACAACGGAGUUUGUGGAUCAAUCAGGGUCAACAUCCUCUCAACAAUUCCCUGAAUCAUUACCUGAAAAAAUAAUAGAAUUAAAUAACAAUCUUGACAUGGUUGCAUAUAUGCAGGCAUUAGAUGCUGAACUAUCAUCAUCAAAUAUUUCUGGAUCAUUUAUAAAAACACCUCAAGAGGUCUUGAAUCAAUCAUCAUCAGAAGAUAAAAUAAACAAUUAUGAAUAUGAUGAUGAUGAAUUAAAUGAACCAGUUAAUAUUGAUUUAAAUCUUGCUAAAAACUUUUUGGAAAGUUUUAAAUCACAGGAAGGACUACCUGGGCCA